AUGCCAUUUCUACUUCUUCUCCAUGGCGCAGAUACUCUGGUAUUCAUUGAUCCUGCUCCGGAGACAAUCCGAGCCAAGUUGCCUUUUUCCGCAGAGACAGUUCCCCAUCGCAUCCACAGUGAGAAAUUAUUGGCUACAGGCUCAGUCUACUUCAAACGACUCUUCAAUCCGAAAAUGCAGACCCGGGUCCGAAAGCGACGCGGCUUGACUGGCAAACUUCCAGAUGGAAUCCAAUACGUCUUGGACCUCACACCGCCAACCCUGGAAGAAGAUGCAGUCAUCUUCCUAACGGAGCUUUCGUGCCCUAUGAGUAUCAGAACGUGGGCCUCAAAGGGGGAUAUGUGGAGCCUGCCAUUGUCGUGUGUCGGGGGACAAGAUGACUUGGAAACCUCGGAGCAGCUUACACAAUUCCCUAAAAUAUCACCUGAACCCGGGGCCGCCUAUGUCGAGGAUCUCGAAUAUUUUAAAAAUGAGCUGAUUGAAUCCUCAUUCGAAUCGCAGGACCAAUUUCCGGAAUCACAGCCUAAAACAGUAGAGGAGAAAGGCUUGCCGGUGGAAUACUCAGCCUCGCGUCAUCGUGAAGGCAUUGAGCACAUUCUCCACGUUCUGGAAGGACUAAACCCUAGAAUAGACACUCCUUGCAAGAUGUGGACAUUUUUUGCGCUCGCCAAAAUAUUUGACGUGGCUACGGUGCCGGCCAUUUGCGACCACAUCAUCUCCUGGUUCUACGAGCUCAACAACACUCGGUUCAUUGAACUUCAUCCCGAGGUAGCAUAUCGAGUGGCAUGCGGUAUCAAAUCUCCCUGCCUCUGCCGAGAUUCUUUCGUUGAAAUGGUCGGGGAUGAAGCCCUGCUGUAUCUGAUUCGGGCGACAUGUUUCAAACCAAUCGGGUCCAUGAAAAACUUGGUGCGGAGCCGGAUUUCUGAUGUUCUAGACGACACCGAGGUGCAGCGUAUCGAAUAUUCCAGCAAGAGUUUCGGGGACUACGUUGUUCGGUGCUUCUUACAGUUGACCGGGAGUGAAAUGCCCUGGUUGGCACACGUUGCUGAGUUCCAGAAGCUUACCCGCCAUCUUCAACUUUAUCCUGCAGAUCAAGGAAUCGUACAUCAACUAGUCAUGACGCUGAAGGAAUUCAUUCGUGACCGCAUCUACGGGGCUUUGAUCAAGGAAAGAGACACAAAUCGCUCAUUCCAUGUGGCUCCAAACUUGGCGAGAUCCGAAAACCCAUACCACCGAUGGGGCAUAGAUAAGGGAUUUGUCCUUCAGCGAUUGAUCGGGAAAAACUUCUGGGGUGCGCUGGUAUCGCUCGAUCUCUAUCAAGAUGAAGCACCUCGUAUGGAGUCUCAUUCUUCGAUAGCGGAAAUCGGUAAUGGCUCACUAGCCUUUGGUGCCGAAACCGCAGCAGGGAUUCGCCAGGUAUCCUCUGGCGAAGUUCGCCAGAUGAGCCAUGUGUUCAACCAAGCGGUUAGAACUAGAGGUCAGGCUCGUCAGGAGGAAGAGGCUCUGGCUGCGCGACAUGCGGGUGGACAUUUUACGAUGGAGAUGACCAUUAACGUCCGGAAGUCACAAUCUGGAAACGAGGUUGACAGCACCUCCAACAACGGUCCCUUCCUCAAUCCCAUUCCUGCUCCCACUCCUAAUCCAUGUCCUCCACCUUUAUAUCCAAUGCCACCAAAGCCAGACAUCUCAGCAGAAAUGUUCCACGAAAGGACAUUCAAAAAUGAGGUUCACUCUUUCUUGGGACAAUACGCACUAGAGAUGUUACAGCAACCUGGCCCACCCACCAUGCAACACGAACUUACAGAUACCCUAACCUGCCUCACAUACAAUGAAUUCCAAUACCUACCUCUAUGGGCGGGCGGGAAUGACGAUGAAACAGGCGGUGUUUUCACCGACUUAAUCAUUCCCGCCAUGGACAUCGGUGGAUUCUCAGGUCCCGGGCCCGCCGUGCACACUGGCAGUGUGGCCUCAAGCAAUGAUUCUCUCAGCGAGAUCGAGGCUAGUGACACUCAGAGCACCGCUUAUGGCGCAUCUCACAACGCCACUUACAGUCACGCGUCGGAUAUCAUGUCCGUGGACUCUACCGACUAUUCCCAGUUCAGGCUCAAAUAUGAGAAUUGUGAGAGCCAUGAUGAAGUGCAGUCGGAAACUUACAUGGAGGUAACCGGGUCCGAUGAUGAGAUAUCAUCGCUGGAUCUUGGCCUGACUACCGACGAUGGCGAAUACGAAACACAGAGCGAUGGCACCAUUACCAUGGCUAUGGGAUCGCCUGAGCCUUCUUUUGCUGGUAUCGCCGAGGGUAUCGAAAUAGACAAGGUGGAUGAUGAAGGUAAUGAUGCUGAGUUCGAAUUCAUCGAUGUCCAGAACUAUUUCUAA